AUGACGGUUUUCGGUAAACUCCCAGUCGAUAUCAAGAAAAUGUUUACAGACCGCUUCGUGAAAGCCAGCAUUCUUCUGAUAGUAACUGCCAUAUUUUUAUUCAUAAAAGGUUCAGAUGGACGAUGUUACUACAAGAAUGGAACAGAUGCAUAUGGUUUCUACUAUCAAAAGUACUAUUGCGAGGAGACUCUCAAUGUAGGAGUAAUUAUAGGUGUUGUAGUUGCAGUCGUCGUUGUCGUCGGUGUAAUUGUUGGAAUUUUCAUCUACAGACGACGCAUGCAGCAAACUGGAGAAAAUUCUUUCUUAGUUCGGAAAUCAUAGAUACAUGUAACAAUUAUCACGGGAAAAUGCCAUAUUUUAAAGAAUGCAUGAACUUUACAUUUUUUAUACUUCUUGCUUCAGGAACUCAUUAUUUGUGAUAUAAGUAUAUGUAUGAGGAUUCAUAAAGAUAUGAAUCCAAGUGACU